AAACCAUUGCGUAUUUCUGGCGAGCCUCAGAAGAUCGAAAUGGCAAACAAUUGGUUUUGGAUUUGAUAGCUCAAAAGGAUGCCCAGAACCAGCAAGCAGCAAAUGCUCGUCCUGGAAUGGGUGGUAUGGGUUCAAACAAUGGACCCAGCGGUGGUGGUGGAGGCAACUAUAAUAACUUUGGAGCGAAUGGUGGUGGAGAAUCGUUGGAAGUUUUUGUGCCAAAAAAUAGCUGUUGGUGUCGUUAUUGGUAAAGGUGGAGACAUGAUUCGUAAGAUACAACAGGAAUGCGGAUGCAAGUUACAAUUUAUACAAGGAAAGCACGAUGAACCUGGCGAUCGCAGAUGUCUUAUACAGGGUUCAAGACAGCAGUGGACGAUGCAAAACGAAUGAUUGAUGGUCUAAUUGAAAAUGUUAUGCAACGAAAUCGUAAUGGUAAUGG